CGACGAUCUGAGCGCGCUUCGCUCGAUCCGCCCGCAGAUCGCGCGCGCAGCCACACCCCGCCGUCCGCGAUGGCGCCCCAACCCGCGCCCGCGGGCGCGUUCGACCCGGCGAUCCAAGGCUUGCGAGUCGCCGCGCUCGCGAUCGCGUGCUACCUCGCGUACGACAUCCGCCUCUACGCGAUCCGCGAGUACGGCCGGAUCAUCCACGAGUUCGACCCGUGGUUCAACUUUCGCGCGACGCAGUACCUCGCGGACAACGGCUGGGCGAAGUUCAGCAGGUGGUUCGACUACAUGUCCUGGUACCCGCUCGGACGGCCGGUCGGGACGACGAUCUACCCCGGGAUGCAAGUCACCGCGGUGUCCAUCUGGAAGUGUCUCAACGCGCUCGGGUCGUCCUACGCCAUGUCCCUGAACGACGUCUGCGUGUUCUUCCCCGCGUGGUUCGGCGCGGUCGCCACGCUGCUCGUGGCGUUCUUAACGAAAGAGUGUCACGGCAGCGCGAACGCGGCGGUCGUCGCCGCGCUCGUGAUGGCCAUCAUACCGGCGCACACCAUGCGCAGCGUCGGCGGCGGCUACGACAACGAGAGCCUCGCCGUCACCGCCAUGUGCCUCACCUUCUUCGCGUGGUGCCGCUGUCUGCGAACGCCCGCGUCGUGGCCGCUCGGCGCGCUCGCGGGGCUCGCGUACGUGUACAUGGUGGCCGCGUGGGGCGGGUACACGUUCGUGUUGAACAUGAUCGGCUUACACGCCGCGGCGUUGGUCUCGUUGGGGAGGUACGACGCGUCGCUGCGCAAGGCGUACUCGCUCUUCUGGCUCGUCGGCACCGCGGGGGCGAUUCAGUUCCCCGUCGUCGGGCUCGCGCCGAUCAAGUCCAUGGAGCAGCUCGGCCCCGCCGCGGUGUUCGUUGGGAUGCAGGUCCUCGAGGUCGCGGAGCGGUUGGUGCGUCGACGCGGACUGAGAGACGCCGCGGCGUGGCGCACGAGGGUCAACGUGUACUGCGCCGCCGCCGCGUGCGCCGCCGCCGCGGUGGCGAUCCUCGCGCCGACCGGGUACUUCGGUCCGCUGUCCGUGCGCGUCCGCGGGCUGUUCAUCAAGCACACGAAGACCGGGAACCCGCUCGUGGACUCGGUCGCGGAGCACCAGCCCGGGACUCCGGACGCGUACUGGCGGUACCUGCACUACCCGUUCUACGUCGCGCCGUUUGGGUUCAUCGUCGCGUCGUGGCGGUUCCUUCGCACGAUGUCCCCGGCGGCGCUGUUCUUGCCGCUGUACGGCUUCACCGCGUAUUACUUCGCGAACCGCAUGGUCCGCCUCAUCAUUUUUUUGGGCCCGAUCGCGAGCGCGUUCACCGGCGUCGGCGUCGGGUUCCUCCUCGACGACGCGUUCGAGAACUCCCGCGAGCUGCUCGCCGGGGUCUUUUUUAAGAAGAGCGCGGAGAAGAAAGACGACGGCGGCGGCGACGGCGACGCGGGCGACGACGCGGACGAUAAGAAGAAGAAGAAGAACGGCGACGCCACCACGCGCGGCGUGCGUUUAUUCGCGGCGGCGUACCUCCUCGUCGUCGGCGUCCGCCACGUCCCGGACUUUGUCGACUACUCGCACGAGAUGGCGCGCGGGAUGUCGCAGCCGAGCGUGAUGUUCAAGGGCACGCUACAGAACGGCGAGACGAUCAUCGUGAGGGACUACGUCGACGCGUACGAGUGGCUGCGCGACAACACCCCCGAGGACUCGCGGGUGAUGGCGUGGUGGGACUACGGGUACCAGAUCACCGGCAUCGCGAACCGAACCUCGAUCGCGGACGGGAACACGUGGAACCACGAGCACAUCGCGAACUUGGCGCGGUCGCUCACCGCGACGGAAGAACGCGGGCACCGGGUGAUCCGCCACCUCGCGGACUACGUCUUGGUGUGGACGGGCGGCGGCGCGGACGACAUGGCGAAGUCGCCGCAUUUGUUUCGCAUCGGGAAGAGCAUCGGGCACGAUGGCGGCACCGUGGACAUGUACGAGAUCCAGUCCAAGUUCGGCGUGGAUCGAUACGGCCGCCCGACGCCGAUGAUGGCGCAGUCGCUGCUGUACAAGCUCGUGUCGUUCGAAGGUAAGGUAUCCGAGGAGCGGUUCCAGGAGGUGUACACGUCCAAGUACCGCAAGGUGAGAAUUUACAAAGUCGUCAACGUCUCGGAGAAGUCCAAGAGGUGGCUCGCGGAUCCCGCGAACCGCCUGUGCGACGCCCCCGGGUCGUGGUAUUGCCCCGGGCAGUACCCCCCCGCGCUCGCGAAGUUCACCGGGAUCAUCAAGGAGGCGUACCAGAUGCCGACGUUCCACCGCGAGCGCAUGGAGGCGGAGUUGAAAAGAGAGGAGGAGAGGCGGCGGAGGGCGAAGGAGGCGAAAGCCGCCGCCGCCGCCGAGGCUGCCGAGGCCGCCGCCGCCGCGGCGCGGAAAGCCGCGGAAGACGGGCCCGACGCGAAGACGGAGCUCUAGAGAGAUGUUGAUUCGUUUGAUUUUUUCCGCACGACCGCCUCGGAUCGCGUCGGGUCGAGUUGAAAUAAUACGCCGCCACGUUGUGCG